CCCAGACGUGAAAUUGUUAGCGCGAAACCGUUUGCGAUCCAUCCAUCCCACCUUCAGCCAGUGAUGCGAUCUCCAUGGUUCUUGCAACCUGGUUUUCGCGAAUCUCGAGCCUUACAAGACGGGUAGUCAUGGGCUCAACGGCGUAUUCGGCGUACAACAAUGGCUCGGCCAACACCAACAGCACACAUACAGUGACUGCCCUGAGCCGUUGGUCCAUCCUCAACAAGCAGCUGCCAGCCGUUGAUAAAAUCAAGUCGCUCCAUGUCUACGACUUUGACAAUACUCUCUUCAAGACCCCGUUACCGAACCCCAAGAUAUGGAAUGGCCCUACAAUAGGCACGCUGUCAAACCCAGAUGCCUUUCUCAAUGGCGGGUGGUGGCACGAUUCGCGCAUUCUCGCCGCAACGGGCGAAGGCCUGGAAAAGGAAGAGCAGCGUGCAUGGGACGGAUGGUGGAACGAGAAGAUUGUCGAGCUCAUCAAGCUGAGCACAGAACAAAAAGACGCGCUCUGUGUCUUGCUCACAGGCCGCUCCGAGUCCGGCUUUGGUGAUCUGAUCAAGCGCAUGGUCACGAGCAAGGGACUCGAAUUUGACAUGAUCUCGCUCAAGCCCGCCGUCGGGCCCAACAACCAGCGCUUUGCAAGCACCAUGAUAUUCAAGCAAAUGUUCUUGGAGGCUCUGAUGGAGACUUACAGGCACGCCAACGAGAUCAUCAUAUAUGAGGAUCGGAUAAAGCACGUCAAGGGGUUUAACGACUUCUUGGUGGAAUAUAACCAGAGGAAGAAUGCGAUUGACGGCUCCGCCACAAGGGGGCCCAUCAAUGCGAGGGUGAUCGAGGUGGCCGACAUGGCCACAUACCUGGACCCCAUCGUUGAGGUCGCUGAAGUGCAGCAGAUCAUCAACGAGCACAACGCCGCCCUGUCCAAGCGGGGGCGCGGCAUCCGGGGUUCGCGGCUUGCCAUCAAGAAGAGCGUGUUCUACACCGGCUACAUGAUCAAUAGUGCUGACACACAGAGGCUUCUUGCCCUUGCACAAGUUCCUCUGAACCUUCCCGACGCUGAGCUCAAGCUGCACGGCAACAACAUCAUGAUAUGCCCGCGGCCGUGCCCGCACAGCCUGCUGGAAAAGGUGGGCGGCAUCGGGAGCAAGCUGACAUGGGAGGUGACGGGCACGGCGUGCUUUGAGAACACGGUGUGGGCGGCGCGUGUGCGGCCCGUGCCCGCGACGGCUAGGUACCACGCGAGCGGGCCCGUCCCGCUGGUCGUGCUGGCACUGCGCAAGGGCGCCCGCCACGUCGACGCCGGCAAGAUCCAGAACUGGCAGCCCGUGCCGCCCGACAAGGCUUUUACGUUUGAGACGACGGUUGGCGAAAAGAUUCUCCUCCGCGUCGACGGCCACGACCACUACGCCGACAGUCAGAACGUACUCCCCGCCAAAACCGCCGCCAACAGCAACAAGCGCAAGCACACGGGCGCCGCUGACGAUUUCCGCUCCCGCCAGAGUCACGGCUCCUCUGUCGGGUCCGCACCGCAGCAGAGGCAGUUCCACCACCAGGCCAACAAUGGAGGUGGUGGUGGCCGGGGCGGUUCGUCCGGGAGGGGUGGGUCUUUCCGCGGAGGCGGCGGCGGGGCAAACCGCGGGUUCCGAGGCGGCCAGCGCGGGGGAGGCGCGCAAAAGGGCCGUGGCGGGCGCGGUGGUGGCGGCGGUGGCGGCGGUGGUGGCGGCGGCCCCGCGUUUUACAAGUCGCUUGAUGAUUUGGGCGCUAGGGAUACUCAGGGUGGAUUUGCCCAGAUGUAUGAGGACGAACCCCAGACGGGAGGGUUCCAGAACCAGCAGCAGCAGCAGAUUCCCACGGGGCCUUCCAACCCAAGGAAUCCGGGCUAUUAUGCUGGGCAGCAACCGUCGCAGUUCCAGGGCGGUGGCUAUCAACAGCAGCAGCAGUUGAAUAACUACUACUAACUAAGCCGGGCGAGGGAGUGCAGGUCGGAUUUUGUCGGGUGUGUGUUGAAAGACUACUGCUUAGUCCCAAAGUAUGGACCUAUCUCGGGUAUGAGGGGCUUUCCUUUUGCAGGGCGAACAUGGAGUAUAGGGCAUCUUCAUUUUCCUCCCAGGAUUGUCAUACAUGAGGGACUGCACACUCUUCUUACUUUCGCAAAGCAUGGUCAUGGAAGAGGGGAUACCUUGGAGUUUUGGUCGGAAGGUAAAAAAGAGGAAAUAGCAAUGGUACGCAUGCUGGCUUAGGAUGUUGGGGGAUUCUGUUAGGAAAUGGGAGUUUGUCAGGUGUAUGCUGCGGCAGAUAUUGUUGUUGAGAUAAUCCGGUCGACAGAGUAAUGAGAUGCU